AUGGCGGCUCGGCGCAAGGCGGCGCUGGGGCGCAACAUCAUGCUCUUCGCGAGCGAGGUGCCCGUGAUCAGCGCGCUGAACCCGUACCGCAAGAUCGAGGACGUCUUCCUGGACGUGUGGCGCCGCACCAACCCGCAGCAGGUCUCGCAGCUGCAGAAGAAACUGUCGUUGCCGCUGCCCAGCCCCGAGGAGAAGAUGCAGGCCGUGGUGCAGGACCUGGGGGCGGCUCCAGCCAUCGACGAGCUGCUGCAAGAGGCCGCAAAGGCCGAGACCAUCCAGCAGGUGGCCCAGGCUCAGGCCAAAGUGGUGCAGUCAUUGCCAGUCGCCACGCCGGCCGAGGUGAAGGCCGAAGUGGUGCAGUUCGUCACCUCCAGCAUGCACAAGGGCUUCGGGGUGAAGCAGGAGAGCGCAGGCAUCGAGCAGUACCAGGAGAAGUCGAAGGUGGAGGUCACGGAGCGGAAUCUCGUCUUCUCCAAGAAGAAAGUUGCCUCUGUGGGCGGGUAUCAGGUGCUGGUGGGCGGCAAGAUUGACGGACGGGCGGACGGGAAGGUCAUCGAGGUCAAGAACAGGCUCAAGAGGUUCAUCACGCCACUGCCCAAGUAUGACAUCGCUCAACUGCAGACGUAUCUGUACAUUUUGGGGGUGCAGGAGGGGGAGCUGGUGGAGCAUUUGAGGGGGGACACAGCGCAGACCAAGAUGACCAAGGUGCCGUGGGAUGAGGGGAUGUGGCAGCAGCAGAUCGAGCCGUACCUGGUGAGAUUUGGCGGCGUUCUCACGGAGCGAGACUUCCGGAAGGCGCUGCGCAUUCUGGACCGUGACGACAACGGCGUGAUAGACCAGGAGGAGUUCACUGAGUGGUGGAUAAAGCAUGGUGCCAGCAUUAAUAGUGUAAAUGGGUCUGGGUGUACACCGAUAUUUUUCGCAGCUCAACAAGGGCACGUCGAUGUUGUCAAGCUACUACUGCAGAAUGCUGCAGAGCUUCGCGUUGCAGAGAGCAAGGUACAAAACGUGCGCUGUGACCGUAGUAAAUGUCAAACUACUCAUUUUAGUUUCGUUUUUGCGCAGCAUGGACUGACACCAGUGGACGUAUGCACGACGCCAGCUAUAACUGAGCUGUUUAGGAACUUGUCAGGGAAACGUACGCGUUAUUUUGUUCUUGGUAGUCAUUGA